UCUGCCAGCAACUGGGUCACUUUGGAUAUCAGUUACACUUUGGCUACCCAGAGCACUCACUGCAGGUGAUCAGCAGGUCCAGCUACAUGUAACCAUGGCCCUCAGAUUCGGAAGACUUGCCUCGUCCACAGUUCGAGGCUUGGCAAUUCGCCGCGGAUUGCAGACGACGCCUCUAAGGGCUGCAGCACCUUCCAGCGAUGACCUUCCAAGGGCCCAGAAUAUGUGCCAGGGAGAAAAGGUGAGUUUGUUCUCGAAGUCCGAAGUCGAGAAUCGCCUCGUGAAACUCCGGACCUACAUGGGGCAGAAUGAGAUCGGCGCAUGCGUGAUGACGUCAUAUCACAACAUCAACUACUUUAGCGGCGGAUUUCAAUUCUGUUAUUUUGGGCGUGACUACGGGUUAGUGAUCACUCCCGAUAAGGUUACGACCGUCUCAGCCGGUAUUGAUGGCGGUCAGCCGUGGCGACGUUCAUAUGGCGACUGCAUCACUUACACUGAUUGGCGGAAAGAUAACUACUACUUCUGCGUCAAGAAACUUCUCGAAGGCGUCAAGGGGAAAAUCGGCAUCGAGUUCGACCAGGUGAACCUUGACAACUACAAGAGAUUGGACAAUACUCUACCUGAUAACCCAAAAGUUGACGUUGGCCUCCCAACGCAGAAGAUGCGCAUGAUCAAGUCUGCAGAAGAGAUUGAUAUCAUCCGGCAGGGGGCGCGGAUUUGUGAUAUAGGUGGCGCUGCAAUAGUUGAGGCUUUAAAGGAGGAUGUUCCAGAGCAUGAGGUUGCUCUUGCUUCCACUAGGGCUAUGGUGAGAGAGAUUGCCAAGACGUAUCCUAACAGCGAAUUGCUCGACACAUGGACCUGGUUCCAGUCUGGCAUCAACACAGAUGGUGCCCACAACCCUGUGACAUCACGGAGGGUCCAGAAGGGAGACAUCCUCAGUCUUAACUGCUUCCCGAUGAUUCAAGGGUACUACACCGCCCUUGAGCGCACACUGUUCCUGGAACACGCAAAGGACGAGGAUAUCGAUAUCUGGGAAAAGAACUGCAAUGUGCACCGGAGAGGCCUUGAGCUGAUCCGCCCGGGGGCCGUGUGUUCCGAGAUCGCACACGAACUGAACGACAUGUACAGGCAGUUCGGCCUCCUGAAGUACAGAAGCUUUGGCUAUGGCCACUCGUUUGGCGUGCUGUCACAUUACUACGGGCGAGAGGGUGGUUUGGAGCUGAGGGAAGAUAUCGACACCGUACUGGCACCUAACAUGGUGGUGUCGAUGGAACCGAUGGUGAUGAUCCCUGAGGGUCAGCCGGGAGCCGGCGGGUACAGGGAACACGACAUUCUCAUCGUGAAGGAAGACAGCGCCGAGAAUAUCACAAAGUUUCCCUUUGGACCGGAGAAACUAAUCAUCAAAGCAUGAGUGGGGCGCAUUCUUUUGUACAUGUAUUUUUAUGCGAAUAGGAUCUGGAAUAAGAGUUAUCGUCAAUGUUGAAUAUGGCAACUGUCAUUCUGGUUUCUAGGGCGGGUCAUUGGGAACUGUAUGUGUUGCCCUCUGGUCGGACAGUUUGACUACUACACAGGACAUAUGUCUAUUGUCAGAAAUGACACAGGUCAUGUAAACCCGGUGU